AUGAGUACGGAUUACACUCUUCAAAAGGGUGAUUGGCUAGACGUUGUGGACGACGACGGUAUCUGGAAUGUAGCGCAAGUCUUGCGGCUACCAACGCCCGAUACUGUUGAAGUCACGUACGACGGCUGGGGAAGUGAGUACGAUGAGGAGGUAGAGCUUAAAAGUGAGCGAAUUGCCCCUGUACACACUCACACGACGAUUGUCAAGUGCUGGGCCAAGAUGGAGACAUGGCCCUGGUGGCCAGCACUGGUGACAAUCAGAGCCCCUGGAUCAACAGAAGGCUCGAAAAACUUGAGGCUUGAGGAGAGAUUACUUGUAGACUUUUUGGACCGAGAAGAGUUUUCGGAUCGUUGCCGGUGCUGGGUCGAGAAAAGUAAAAUAUUACCAUAUAACUUGGAUGAAUCCACGCAGACAAAGUUAGGGCCCAAGAGUAAGAAAAGUAAGUCUAAAGGUGAAGCGAAGUUCAGGAACCUAGAACUUUCGACAAAUUUAUUGGCCUCAUGUGACGCGAAAGAAGAGUUCCCAAAAUUUGUGGAAGGUACACUUCCGGUGCAGUAUAAAAAGAAAGUUACGAGACCGACUUCUGUAUUGAGGAAGGAAAUGGGUGAAGAAGAGUGGAUGCGUGGAUUUGCGGAUAACAGAAUCAAACAUGCUAUUACACACGCUUAUAUGCCAGAAUUCCCGAAAGCGAAAAAAAUUUGGGAUAUUGGUACGACGACAGUGGAGAAAACGAGACAAAUCCCAACGAAAAUUCAAAAAGUAUCGCAUGAUCAUGACAAAAAAAGUUACAACUCCCAAAUAGAAGUUGACGUGAAGGUUGUCGCAAAAAUGCCGAAGAGCGCUAAAGUCAAAUCCUUAAAAUCUGCCAAAAAGACGUGCAAAACUCUUAAACGUAGUGAGGAUCGUAAGAAUCCGAGGAUUCAGGAGAAGGAAAAACUUUCUGUUAGCGCCAACACCAGCCGAUUUGAAGCAGCUAAAUCAUCUUGUGGUCUGAUUGAAGGCAGCCGAACUCAGGAGACACAACAUGCUAGCGAUUUCUGUAAAGACGACCAAAAGAGUAGUCUAAAGGUUGACAUUGAACAAAUCAAAGUUUCGCUCCGCAAAUAUGGCAAGACGCCGAAACUUUUGAAAUCUUCAAAAAAAUCGGCAGCAUAUCUGCCAUUAUACACUCCAUCCUACGCUAGGGUACUCAAGAGUGGGCAGCAAAAAGCAAAGCCACACAGUCAUCACAAUCGACGUGCUUGCCGUUCCCCAUGCUCCAAAAAAACUAUGUGUUCGAGUGUUUCUGGAGGUGUCGAUAUUGAAAGUCUUCCGAAUUUUAAUCGGCAAGUGCAGCAAACAAAGUUGAGUGCAUCAAACGGUGAUGUUUGUCGUACAAAUUCAACUGAAACUGUUAUCAGCCCGCUUGUAAAUCUCGCUCAAUUGACGAAGUCAACUUUGCGCGUUGAAAAAAAGCUACAUGGAAUGGAAACCGCUCUAGAGUGUAAGCUUACCGAAUAUAUGGAGAAGUCUGCUGAAGCUAAACAGCUGCAGAAUGAAUGUGCUGCUAUGCAUUCUGAAACUCAAUCUUCUCCAACUCCUUCAAUCCGAGCCCAAUCUUGUCCGGAAAAUUUGCAGCGUGUUCAUGAUUUGGUGGCGCCAGAAACCUCCAUUUCUGUUAGUGAACCACAGAAAAAUUUUGAGGGAAUAGUCUGGCGUGAAAGUAUGGCUAACCGCGAUCCCGACGGUUCACAAAUUUCAGAAUUUGCAAAAGAGUCAUGUACUAAGUCCAGUAUUCGAGAAUUGGAGUUAGUGCUAGAUGAUGUCAUAUCCAGCGAGCUAAACCACAGUCUCGUUGCCAAUCCGACUUUUGCUGAGUUUGAGGCUGUGAAAGCUGAAGUGCUUAGAUCUUCUAAGGUGCAAGCAGCUAUCGCCCACAUGAAGCAUUCUUAUAACUUCACAGAUGGCUUUCGGCGCGCGGGAGAAGAAGCCAACUUACGCUUCGGAAGUCACACACCACGACACGAGUCUUUUUAUCAAUCACCGCGGUAUCUGAACAAGAAUGUUACACUGUGGGAAUAUGAACAUGGGAAUGAGUUGAAUGUUGCCGACUCUCAAAAUGCAGUAAGCCUUCUGUUUGACUCCUCACCAACAAUGCAAGGGGGCUUUACGUUUAGUGUGAACGACAAUUUUUCAAUGGAUCAGUGGUAUCAAGAUUUAUACCCAAAAACUUUUGAGCUUCAACGGCAGCGAUACUGA